UGAUAAGUCAAACCAUAAUCAUACUGCGAAGAAAUUUUCAGACCCCCCAGAUUUUCUCGACUGACCAGUCACCCCGCGUUUUCUUAUUUUCUUUUCUUUCUUUCUUUCUUCAUCGGCUCCCUCCGCCGUUCUCCGCCCACCAACCCCGCAACGGCGGCGACUUAGUUUCACUUGUUCUUUGAAUUCUUUCUGAUUAUGGGGAACUGUAACGCAUGCGUAAGACCGGACGAGAGUCCGGAAAGUAAACCGAAUCGGUCUGACCAGAACCAUAAGGGAAAGAAAAAAGCCCGGGAAAGGAAGCCGAACCCGUUCUCCGACAGAGUCGCAUCGCCGGCUCCGAUCCGAGUACUAAAAGACGUUAUCCCACUGAGUCACCGAACUCGAAUUUUCGACAAGUACGUCCUCGGCCGCGAGCUGGGGCGGGGCGAGUUCGGGAUCACUUACCUCUGCACGGACAGGGAAACGCGGGAAGCCCUCGCGUGCAAAUCAAUCUCCAAGAAGAAACUCCGGACAGCAGUAGACAUCGAAGACGUCCGUCGCGAGGUCGCCAUAAUGUCGACGUUGCCGGACCAUCCGAAUAUCGUGAAGCUGAAAGCGACGUACGAGGACAAUGAAAACGUUCAUUUGGUUAUGGAGCUUUGUGAAGGCGGGGAAUUGUUCGACAGGAUAGUGGCGAGAGGGCACUACACGGAACGCGCGGCGGCGAACGUGGCUAAGACGAUAGCUGAGGUGGUAAGGAUGUGCCACGAGAGUGGCGUUAUGCAUAGAGAUUUGAAGCCUGAGAAUUUUUUGUUCGCUAAUAAGAAAGAACACUCGCCACUAAAGGUGAUCGAUUUUGGGUUGUCUGUGUUUUUUAAGCCUGGUACAAGUUUUUCCGAGAUCGUGGGGAGUCCAUAUUAUAUGGCCCCUGAAGUUCUGAAACGAAAUUAUGGACCAGAGGUUGAUGUAUGGAGUGCUGGUGUGAUCCUUUACAUUUUGUUAUGUGGGGUUCCUCCCUUUUGGGCAGAGACUGAACAGGGUGUUGCUCUUGCGAUUUUGAGAGGGGUCAUUGGUUUUAAGAGGGAACCUUGGCCACAAGUUUCGGAUAGUGCUAAGAGUCUUGUAAGGCAGAUGUUAGAACCGGAUCCUAAGAAACGAUUGACUGCUCAACAGGUGCUCGAACAUCCCUGGUUGCAAAAUACUAAGAAAGCUCCGAAUGUUCCGUUGGGAGAUAUUGUGAGAGCCAGGCUCAAGCAGUUUUCCGUGAUGAAUAGAUUUAAAAAGAAGGCUUUAAGGGUAAUCGCAGAGCACUUAUCUGUAGAAGAGGUUGAAGUAAUCAAAGACAUGUUCACAUUGAUGGAUAAGGAUAAUGACGGGAAAGUUUCAUACGAGGAGCUGAAGGCCGGGCUUCGGAAGGUCGGUUCUCAAUUAGCUGAACCAGAGAUGAAGAUGUUAAUGGAAGUGGCUGAUGUUGAUGGAAAUGGUGUAUUGGACUACGGGGAAUUUGUAGCAGUGACAAUUCACUUGCAGAAGAUGGAAAACGAUGAGCAUUUCCGCAGAGCAUUUAUGUUCUUCGACAAAGAUGGCAGUGGAUAUAUUGAACUAGAUGAGCUACGGGACGCAUUAGCUGAUGAAUCUGGUGAAACUGAUGUUGAUGCACUGAAAGACAUCAUGCGUGAAGUUGACACCGACAAAGACGGGCGAAUCUGUUAUGAUGAAUUCGUUGCCAUGAUGAAAGCUGGUACCGAUUGGAGAAAAGCAUCAAGGCAGUAUUCAAGAGAGAGGUUCAAGAGUUUGAGUCUUAACUUGAUGAAAGACGGUUCCUUGCAGCUCCACGAUGCAGUUACUGGUCAAGCCAUCGCUGUCUGAGGUAACAGAGGGAUCAAUUGACUUUGUUAUGCAUGUGCCUGCUCGAUGUUUCUCUCUCACCAUUUGAUGUCUAUAAACGAUCUAUAACUGAAACGUACGACACCAGUUGCUUCACGGAAUGCCAUGUAGGUUCAAGUUUAACGGUGAGCUUUUCGGUGGAAGACAGUAAUUCUUUCGUAACAUGUUCACAUCGCCGGCUUUGGUUGUUUUCUUUUUGCUGCUGCAUGAAGUGUGCGUUGAUCAGUUAAAGUGUAUUAUUCGUUCUUUCCUAGAGUUAUCAUACUCGAUACAUAUUCAGGAAUGGAUGUGAGAGUAUGAUUCUCCAAAUUUAGCAUAUCUUUGUUGGAUACUCGACACUCGCAUCCGAGUCCGAGAGAGGUAGGUUAGAUGUCCGUAGAAUGCGAAGGGCAUGUCGGUAUAUAUAUAUAUAUAUAUAUACACGUAUGUAUUUUUCAUGUCUAUGUUUGGUGAUUGUUUCGUUUUACUAUUUUGUGCAGCAUAUAGUGUAGGGUU